AUGGUAAGCAUCACAGACAAACUAAUCAGCAUCAAAUUUAUAGCAUGCAUCAGUCAGCUAUUUCUCACUAUUGUCGUUGCUUAUGUGAGAGCAGAAAUUUUGAGGUCAAAUUAUGAUGAAGAUGGAGACAACUACAGCAAUGCGAAUACAUCUCUUGUUGUAUGUGUUGUUCUUUCAUUUAUAUGCUUAGUAUUCGAAAUCUUAGUCCUAUUAUCAGGUCUUGCACUCUUUUAUGACAAAAUCAAUGUUUUUGAAGUUCUUUUGCAUUCUCUUGGCACUCUAUUUGUAGCAUGGUUUAUCCUUGACAAAUGAAAUCCUUACAUAUUUUGGGUGAUCUGGGGGUUCCUAGCUUUGAUCAAAAAUAAAAUGAUUAGCUUUCUUUGGAGCCAAGAUAGACUACGACCUUUAGGGUUACCUGCUUAUGGCUAGCAUAAUUUUUACUUAGCUUUGAUUCCUUUUUUAUUAGAACUGCUGAUUGUUAUCUCCAGCCGAAAGCUAUUUAAAGUAACCUAA